CUCUCAAAAAAAGAUGGUCCUGCUUACUUUUGUUAUUAAACUAGUACUAGUAUUAUAUUUAUUCUUAUAAACUUCAAUAAUAAGAAGGAUUGAAGGUGUGAUUUGAGUAUGAUUCGUCGGUAGUUGAACAAUAUAAUCGCCGGAUUUACAUUUACAUUUCCGACGUGCAAACUGGCGGAGAAGGAGGAGGAAGGAGUGAAUCGCCGCCGGCUGAAUAUUCAUAUAUGCAUGCACUUUUGGAAGAUUAUGCGCAUUUCUGUAGGGAACGUUCUUUCUAUUGACUGAGCUGAGCUGAGUGGAGCUAGCAGUUGGAUCAGUUGUCACGAGAAUUUAAAUAUUUAGCUAGCUUGCUUAGAGAAUCCAGAUAUGGGGGCUAUUUUGGAUCUGUUCGUUGCUGCAUCAAUGCCAGUCCUCAAAGUGCUCCUGGUGACGGGACUCGGAUCAGUUCUUGCGCUGGAACGUUUUGAUUUGUUGGGAGAGGAAGCAAGGAAGCAUUUAAACAAUAUUGUAUUUUUUGUAUUCAAUCCAUCGCUUGUCUCCAGCAACUUGGCCGAUUCGAUUACAUAUGAAAGCAUGAUGAAAAUGUGGUUCAUGCCUCUCAACAUCUUUAUCACAUUUGUGAUUGGUUCAAUUCUUGGGUGGGUUGUUGUUCAGGUUGCAAGAGCUCCCCAACAUCUACGAGGACUUAUUGUGGGCUGUUGUGCCGCAGGGAACUUGGGCAACAUGCUUCUUAUUAUAAUUCCUGCAGUUUGUAAAGAGAAAGGCAGCCCAUUUGGAGCUCCUGACACUUGUCGUACAUAUGGAAUGGGCUAUGCUUCACUUUCCCUGGCAAUAGGAGCUAUAUAUCUCUGGGCUUAUGUGUACAAUAUCAUUAGAAUAUCAUCAAGUAGGAGUUCAAAGGAUGUUGAAAUAAAUGGCUCGCCAAUCAGUAAGUCUUCUGAGGAAAGAUCCAGAUUACAACAUGGGAGUUGCACAGAACCGCUACUUCCUUCAAAUGAUUGCAUAGAAGAGGAUUACACAGAGCAAAAUGUUCUGCCUUCCACUAGGUUGAAGGAUAAAUCCCAGGCAUCUGUUGGAACUAAAAUAAAACAGUACAUAGAGAUGCUUUCAAGGAAGAUCAAUCUGAAGAGGUUAUUAGCCCCUUCAACCAUUGGAGCGAUUGUAGGAUUUGUGGUUGGCCUUAUACCUCAAAUCAGGAAGUUGCUGAUCGGUGAUACAGCUCCUCUUCAUGUGAUCCAAGAUACUGCCAUGUUGCUUGGGGAUGGUGCAAUCCCAGCUCUCACACUCAUAAUGGGAGGAAACCUUUUAAAAGGUUUGAGGGGAUCAGGAAUUGAUAAGUCCCUUAUUAUUGGGAUCAUUAUGGUUAGAUACAUUGCCCUUCCUAUAAUAGGCAUCGCUGUUGUUAAAGGAGCAAUCCAAUUUGGCUUGGUUGGCAAUGAUCCGUUGUAUCAGUUUGUUCUCUAUAUUCAAUUUGCACUCCCCCCUGCGAUGAACAUAGGCACCAUGACUCAAUUGUUCGGAACUGGUGAGAGUGAAUGCUCAGUGAUUAUGUUAUGGACUUAUGGAUUGGCUUCUAUCUCACUUACUCUGUGGUCAACAUUCUUUAUGUGGCUGGUAUCUACCUGAGGGAGAGAGAGAGGUCUUCAACACGAUGUUGUCGGUUAGAUUUUGUUGUGCAGUAAGAUUAGUAACUUUUCAUACUACCCGUUAAUGGAGAGGUUAACAAGUAAGAGGGCAGAAAAUGUUAGAAAGUGUUGAUUGGAGGAUUUUGUAGUUAGUUGUUAUUGUUGGGAUUUUAGUUGUUAUUGUUGGGGAAAAUCUCACUUCCCGUUACAAUGAAAAUCACAAGAAUGACAUGGUGCACAUAUA